GGCGGCCCAUUUACUUUAGCAGCCCUAUGAAAUGAACUCUUCAGACUUCAAUCAGAUCCUUUCAACUCACUCUCCGGCUGCUCGAACUCUUCCUCUACGUCAAUGGCGGAACCUCAGACUGAUGAAGCUUCCUUGGAGCAGCAACUCAAUGCUACUUCUCUCUCGUCGUCUUCCAGCACUUCCGAUCAAAAUUCAGCUUCUCAGUUGACCUUAGAUCAGAAGUUUGCUAUUGUGAGGAGUAUUGGAGAGGAGUGCAUUCAAGAAGACGAACUCCGAAACCUACUUGACAAGAAGCCCGAGCCAGUUUGCUAUGAUGGAUUUGAACCUUCUGGAAGAAUGCACAUUGCUCAGGGAGUGAUGAAGGCAAUCAAUGUGAACAAGCUGACAUCUGCUGGCUGCCGCGUUAAAAUCUGGAUCGCAGAUUGGUUUGCCAAGCUAAAUAACAAAAUGGGGGGAGACUUGAAGAAAAUUGAGACAGUGGGUAAUUACUUCAUUGAGAUCUGGAAAGCUGUUGGGAUGGAUUUGGAUGGAGGAAAAGUUGAGUUCCUGUGGUCAUCGAAAGAGAUUAAUGCAAGGGCUGAUGAGUACUGGCCUCUUGUGUUGGAUAUAGCUCAGAAGAACAACCUAAAAAGGAUUCUCAGGUGUAGCCAAAUUAUGGGAAGAAGUGAACAGGAUGAGUUGACUGCUGCUCAGAUAUUUUAUCCAUGCAUGCAGUGUGCUGACAUAUUUUACCUCAAGGCUGAUAUCUGCCAACUGGGAAUGGAUCAGCGAAAAGUGAAUGUACUUGCUAGAGAAUAUUGCGAUGACAUUAAGAGAAAGAACAAGCCCAUUAUUCUGUCCCACCACAUGCUGCCCGGUCUACUGCAAGGGCAAGAAAAGAUGUCAAAAAGUGAUACGUCUUCUUCCAUUUUCAUGGAAGAUGAGGAGGCCGAAGUGAAUGUGAAGAUAAAGAAGGCAUAUUGCCCACCACAGAUAGUGGAAGGAAACCCAUGUUUGGAGUACAUUAAAUACCUUGUCUUACCGUGGUUUCAUGAGUUCACAGUGGAGCGUAGUGAAAGUAAUGGUGGUAACAAGACUUUCAAAACCUUUGAAGAGCUGACCGCUGCAUAUGAAAGUGGGGAAGUACAUCCAGGUGACCUCAAGCCAGCUUUGUCGAAGGCAUUGAAUAAAAUUCUGGAGCCGGUAAGGCAACACUUCAAAAAUGACAAAAAUGCUAGAGAGCUUCUUAAAAAGAUUAAGGCUUACAGGGUCACCAAGUAAUGAGCUAGUAUCCUCCAUGCUAAUUCUAGUAUUUGCCAGUGCCAGGGUCAUUUACUCUUUUUUGUUAGCAAAUGCACGUUUUUGUUGAAAAAAUACCAUAGAGGUCUGCUUUUUUAUGUGAAUUCACACAGGAAAAUUUUCAGAUAUUGGGGAAUUCAUUUUUUCUGGAAUGUUCUAUACUAUUUUUGCAGCAAUAUUCUGUUCUA